AUGGCGUCCAUUGGGAGAACACCUGCUUCUGAACGGAGUCAGUACUUGACUCCUGCCUCGGAGCGUUCGCAGUACAUCACACCGCCCUUGACGCCAGGUCUACUAAGCUCUGAGGGCCACGGAGGAAGCGCAUUCGAAAAUUCGGGUCGCAACUCGGCAGGCGAAGCUGGUCCUGGAAAUGUUUCCUCGCCGAGUGAUACAGGCUCGAGCAACUCGACGCAAGUGCCCGAGCGGUCAGGCACCGGGGCUCAAAAAGCUAACGCCGCGCUCGAGCGAGAAGCUGACGAUGCUGGUGGCGAUCUUGAAAAGAGCAGGGCAGAAAAGCAAAAGGAGGAAGAGGAUGAGGAGAAUCGUGUUGAUUGGGAUGGUCCUGAUGAUCCCGCAAAUCCUCAAAAUUGGUCAUUGAGAAAGAAAUGGUGGCUGUCGGGACUGGUCAUCUUCUUGACCAUCAACUGCACCUUUGCUUCGGCCGCACCCAGCGGCGCCGUAAUGCCCGUCAUGAUGCAAUUUCAAAUUUCAGAAGUCAUCGCUACCCUAGCGCUCACUUCGUCUUUCUUGAUCGGAUACUGCAUCGGUCCGCUGUUCUGGUCAACAUUUAGCGAGUGAGUGCCAAUUCGAUGCGUAGGUGUGAAACCAUCAUCAAGCAAGCAAGACUCACACACACGCCGUCUGGUCUCCGACGCAGGCUAUUCGGUCGCAAGCCAAUCUUCAUCAUCUCCAUGUUCUCCUACACCGCAUUCAUCAUCGGUCCCCCCCUUGCAAAGAACUGGUGGACCAUCUUUAUCACCAGACUUUUGAGCGGCGCUGCCGCUUCCGCACCAUUGACCAAUGCCGGAGGCCUGAUAGCGGACGUGAUGAACCCCACUCAUCGAGGCUUUGCCAUGAGCGCCUUUAGCGGAUCGGUAUUCCUGGGACCAUCGCUCGCACCAGUCGUCGGCUCAUUCGUCACCCAGACCGUUGGAUGGGAAUGGGUUUUCUGGGGUGAGUCCUCAGAUGUUUGGGCUUUUGCGUCGAUUUACCAGCUGACGUCGUGCGCUCCAAUCGUGCAAUGCAUUCGCAUUUUAGUUCUUCUCAUCUACUCUUUUCUUAGUUGGGCAUUUGUUGCAUACUUUUUGGAAGAAACCUUUGCUCCGGUCUUGCUCCAGAAGAAGGCUGUGCGCUUGCGCAAGGAAGGUAAUGCGCAAGCUUGGGCUCCCCUUGAACGUCAAGACUUUUCCUUUAAAGGAAUCGCCGAGCGAACCCUUUUCCGACCUUUCCAUAUCCUCGCUUUGGAGCCCAUGCUCGUCCUCAUCACCAUCUACAUCUCGGUAGUGAGUGAUGAUACGUCUCUGGCUGAUUGAUGAUCAACAGGAAGACAUUGCUGAAGACUACUUCUCACUUCUUUUUUGUAGGUGUAUGGUCUGCUGUAUGGCCUGUUCGAAGGCGUCCCGGUCGUCUUUGCCACACUUCGACCCACCGAAUUCAAUCUGGGCCUAUCAAGUCUUCCCUUUCUAGCGGUGCUGAUCGGUACGACGGUCGGUGCGCUGUGGAAUGUCAAGAUGUGGUGGAAGUACUACGACCUUCAAGAGCUUUGGAAGGGCUCCCCGCCGCCUGA